AUGGGGCAACUCAAAAGUAAAAUCUUGCAUCAAGCUGGGAUGGUACAUAUUGAUAAUCUGAAGAAUGAUCCUGAUGACCAAUGGUCUAAUUUAUAUCGUGAACGGGAAAAGAACAACUUGUACAAAUGGGUUGGCGUGCGGACAGGAGGCGACCUUUUAGCUGCGUUUGAAAAAGAAGGUGAGGAUGGAGUUCUUAAAUUCGCUAACGAAAAGCUGGUCUCGAUGAUGUAUGAAGAUGGUGUGUCGCCGCAAAUGAUUCGUUUUACCGAUUAUGCAAAAUGGAGGAAAACAAUUGUACCAUAUUAUCUCAUUCUGCUUCCUUUUCAAAACGUGCAGCUGGGUAAAACAGAAAGCAGAAAUUAUGUGAGUCAGUUUGGUAGUAAGUUUCGUGAACACCUUGGUCAAUGGAGACUAAAUAAACGUGGGGUUGAGGGUGAAACGAUCAUACAUUUAUUAUUGAAUCGUGAGGAACCAAUGUGCAAUGAAAUUGCUCGAAUUUUGAUCACGCAUUAUCCCGGCUUAGCUAAUGACAUUUAUCUUGGCGAUGAAAUGUUCGGUCAAAGUGCCUUGCAUUUGGCAAUUGUUCAUGAUGACUACGAAACAGUCCAACUAUUAUUGCAAAGCUCAGCAGAAGUAAAUGCUCGAGCUUCUGGAACUUUUUUUUUGCCUGAAGAUCAAAAAGUUUCAUAUAAAUCAUCGACCAAUUAUCAAGGAUAUGCUUAUUAUGGCGAAUAUCCACUAGCUUUCGCUGCAUGUUUUGGUAAUAAAGAUAUAUAUGAUCUACUUAUACAGUAUGGCGCUGAUCCAAAUCUUCAAGAUAUGUUUGGCAAUACGAUUCUUCAUAUGUGUGUUAUCAACUACAGCAAUUCAAUGUACAGCUAUGCCGUAAGGCACUGGGCAAAACCUGCAGAUCCUAACAUUGUAAAUGCAGCAGGCCUCACUCCAUUGACUCUUGCUACCAAACUUGGCCGAAAAGAUAUUUUUGAAGAAAUGCUUGAAUUAAUGAAAGUAGAAUUUUGGAGAUUUAGUGAUAUGACGUGUAGUGCAUAUCCCCUUACCGCUUUAGAUACUAUCCGUCCCGACGGUUCAACAAAUUAUGAUUCAGCUUUGAUGACUGUAAUUAAUGGCAGUACUCGGGAACAUCUGGAUAUGAUUGGUAGUGAAGUAAUACAACGACUUCUUGCUGAUAAAUGGAAAGCUUUUGCAUCGAGAAAAUUGUUUGAACGGCUUGGUUUGCUCAUUUUACAUCUUAUAUUUCUAUGUUUUGUUGUUUAUAUGAGACCAACUGAACCAGAAAGGUUAACGUACCAGUUAUUUGCUACGGAAUGGAAUGAUUGGGUGCGGUUAUUUUUUGAAAUUUUGACAAUUGCUAGUUGCGUAUUUUUUGUUUUUUUUCAACAGUUCGGUGAACUAAAAACUCAAGGAUUUUAUGGAUACAUUAGAAAUUUGAAAACAGCUCCAGCUAAAAUUGUGUUCCUUGGAGCCAAUAUAUGUAUUCUUAUUUGUGUACCAUUUCGCAUAUUAGGUAAUGUCCAAGUUGAAGAAGCUUUAUUAGUUUUCUCGCUUCCUGGUUCCUGGAUAUUUUUUCUUUUUUUUGCCAGGGGAGCUAAAUUAACAGGACCAUUUGUUCAAAUGAUAUACAGUAUGAUUGCUGGUGAUAUGAUUCGUUUUGCUAUCAUUUCCGCAAUUUUUCUCGUUUCAUUUUCACAGGUGUUUUAUUUUUUGGGCAAAGAUAUGCAUGCAAAACAAGAGCUCAGCGUAUUAAAUCCAGAUUAUUGUGAAGUUAGAGGCUACGAUAUCUUCACCUAUUCAUCGUUUCUGGAAACAUUUAUCACAUUAUUUCGUGCUAGUAUGGGUGGCUAUGAUUAUGAAGAGUUUUCAUGUGCUAACUAUGAGGUAUUAACGAAAAUUUUAUUUGUAUUAUAUAUGUUCAUAAUGCCAAUAAUGAUGAUAAAUAUACUGAUCGCAAUGAUGGGCAACACUUAUACAACCGUCAUUGCACAAGCUGAAAAAGCUUGGAGGCAACAGUAUGCACAAAUUGUGAUGGUAUUAGAAAGAUCGGUUAAAAAAGAGAAGUUAGCGGCAUGUCAGGUAGAAUACAGCAUUAGACUUAACGAAACCAAUGAUGUGGGCAUGGAGAUUCGUGGUCUAAUGGUUAUUAAACAAACCAAAAAAACUCGAGCUAAGCAGAGGAAGCAAGCUAUCGCCAACUGGAAGACGAUUGGUCGAAAAGUUAUUCAUACUGUGGAAAGGUUGGGCGUUGAUUACGCUCGUGACCUUCUUCAUUCACACGAUCGUUUAAUGGAUGAACCAGCUGGUGCCGUGAUAUUAAGACGAGAUACUGCGUUACCUCUUCCAGCAAGAAGCAUAAUAUGUUCACGAGCUACCAGCCUGAUAACUGACAUGCAAAAUCAAGAAAAAGUUCAACCGAAUGAUCAUGCAAAUGAGGAUGAAGUUACGGUAAUCGAUGUUUCUGGUCCACAAUCAUUUCAAAGUGAAGCAACGUCUCGAGACUUCAGGUUGAUAACAACAAAAACAACCACAACCAUGGUACUAGACAAGCCAAGCUUACGAAAAAUUGUAAGAGGCCACGAACUUGUUCCUUCAUUAGAUAUGCCAAAUAUGCCUGCUCUUGGAACUCCACCACGAGCAGUCUCACCACGGAUUCGAACGGACAUGUUUCGUCGUAAAGAUAGCGCCGGUACAAGUUCAUCUUCUGCUAAUUCUGGUACACAAACCAAGUAAGG